AUGGCUAUAAAUGGUAAAGCAAAUGCCGAAACACAACUACAAGUGGCUGUUGGAACGUUACUUCAGGCGGUAACUGAUAAGAGCCCUUCGGUGAUAGAAUCUUUAAAAUGCUCUUUAAAGAAGUUAUCCGAGAAGCAUCCGAAUCAAGUGUUGAACUCGAGUUGCAAUUUUCUAACCAAAACUCCCAAACCUCCUCCGGAGCACAUGUCUUCAAUACUAGCUAUUAUGGAAACCGUGUGCUCCGAUCACAUCUUAAAAAUAAAUGGCGAUACGAUCAUAUCAACUAUAGAAGUAAGCUUGGGUAUUAUGACGUAUCAGAUUAAUUCUGAACCACUGGUACAGAUGCCUGCUUGUGGAAUCUUAGUUGCUUUGGGAAGGGAACAUUACGUACAAGUAAUGGAUUCUUUAUUAGAAAAAUUGAAGCCUGGUGUGAUUCCUCACCACAUGGUACCUCACACUUUGGGAGCAUUAGCUAGUGCAAAUGUUAGAGGAGUAGUACCAUAUUUGAAAGAUAUUUUGAAUGUCAUUCUUCCUCUGUUGGGAGGUUUGAGAACUGAAGUGCUGAAGCAAUCAUUUUCUUUCGCUUUAGGAAAUUUCUGUGAGGCUCUUACGGAGUACAUUUCGAAUACCGAAAAAACGAUAGAUCCUACGUUAACUAUUGAAAAUUUCAACGUUGAAAUCGGAAUGGCUUACGAUGUCAUAUUCACGAAUUGGAUACAUUCAAAGGAUCCCAAAACUGUCGAAUGUGUUUUGGAAGCCAUAACAUCAAUAUUUCCACUACUGACUGUUGAAAGGGUCACCCAGCAAAUCCCCAAAGUCAUACAAGUUCUACUGAAUUUGUAUCGAAGGAACAUCAACCCUUAUAAUAUUACCAAAUGUUUGGGUUCUGUUAUCCAAAAAUCCACUACAGUGAACGGAAUGCUAUUAGAACCAGCAUUAUCCAACGUUUUAAACACAUUGUUCGACUUAGUGUGUAUAUCUCCGGAUUACGCUCAGCCAGGAUUAUUAAAGAGCCACUCUGAAGUAUUGAGAUGCUACGAGAGCUUCGCUCUUUAUUUCACCGAUCACACAUUAGACCAACUAUUAUCUUCUUUGAGAAACAACAACGACAAGGAGAAAGUAAAAGCUUUGAUAGUUUUAACCCAUUUAAUUUCUUACUCGGGAGAUCAGAGUAUAAAGAGAAGAUACAAGGAUAUCGUUAAAUGUGUUAAUGACGUUUUAAAUGAGAGUAAUUUGAAAGUAAAGAAAGCUGUAGUUAAAAUUAUCGUCGCUUUGUGCCUUAAAAGGGUCCUUAUGGAUAAAGAUAUUAAUCCGGACGGGCCUGAAAAGUAUAUCGAAUUUGUUCUAAAAAUGUGCUGCAAGCAAGUGCUGCCGAAAAAUUCCAUAAUCGAUCCACAAGAGUUGGAGAAUAUUCAAAAAUCCACCGACAACACCCUCUACAUGCUCGGCACUUCGGUUCCGGAACUCGAAACGGUUCUAUGGAAUUUGCUGUUAAAAAACUUCCUAAUCACGACCUACGACGACGCCGUCGUCGUCAUAAUGAGGUGCCUGACGCAUUUGGCUUCGAAGAAGGAGAAGCCCGAAUGCUGCGACACCGCUUUCAUUCGAUGUUUGGCUCUGCUGGCCGAUCCCCUGCCCAAUUUCAGGGGCUGCUACAUACUGAAUUUCUUGAAGCACAUCAAACCGUGCGCCAUCGAUUCGUACAAAGCGGUUUGGGACGUUAAGAUACCGCAGUUGCUGAAAUACCUGGAGCAGAAUUUCGAGAACAUAAACUUCCCCGAAUGGCACGAUUUGAUUUUCGAUUUCCUGAACUUGCUGCUCGAAACUACCAAUAAUGAAAGCUUCAAUGAAAUAGUAGUUUCGAACGCGAAGAAACAGAUGGAUGUUUACAAUAGUAUUAGGUUUGUGGGUUCCCAAAAUGAUAAUUACAUAAUUAAGCAAUCGGAGAAGCACUUUCUUUUAAAGUGCAUGGCUAUAGCGCUGUGUUAUUUGAAAGACCAAGAAGCUGUAAUGCAAACGUUAGAUAGUAUUUUGGGUAGUAUCAGAUUAACCGAUUAUGUGGAAUCGCAAACUUGUGCCGAAGCUGUGGGAAUCUGUUCGAGAACCCACUUGCAGUUAGUCCUGAAUAAAUUGGGGCACAUCAGAAAAGAGGUCUUGACGAAGAAGUCUUCGAAAUUUUUCACUUUUCUGAAAGAUCAGAAACACGAGAUCGGUUUAGAGAGGUUGAAGUAUACGGUACUGUAUAGUUAUGCUCAGGUUUGUAACGAAGCGCCUUCUGAUAGACUUUUAAAAGUGAUCGAAAGCGAAAUUUUGGACUAUGCGAUGCAAGAACUGGUCAAUAGUAAAGAUUUUACACUGAGAAAGGCUUGCCUGAAAACAAUCAAUGCUGUUGCCGAUGCAAUGCAUCCUAACAGAAACUCCAUGCAUAUUAGAAUGAACGAGAGGGACAAUGUUAUAAAAUUAGUAUCAUCUCAAGUUCACUUGCACAGCGGCCCCGAAUACAUAGAACUCUUUCCGUUGAUAAUUCCUACAGUAACGGCUCUCGUGAGGCUGCCUCUUCCCAUUGAAUCCGAAGACAGAAUAAACAUUUUAAAGCUGUUCUUCGAUAACGUUUACAACGCGGCCAUAAUAUACUGCAAAAUAAACCAGGACAACACCGAAAAAUAUUACGGGGAAUUGAAGCUCGUGCCGCACGUUACGAAAAGUUUUACCGAAUUAAACCAGCUGGUUAAAGAUUUGCUGUUGCAGAAUUUAUCGCCUGCUACUCUAGACGAAAUUGUGUGGUUAUUGCAACCGUGGCUAGGUAAAAAAAGACAAGAACAACGUCUUCCAGCCGCAGAAACCAUGCGUUUGGUUCUACAGACGUAUCUCGAUAACAUGAAAUUCGCCUACGAAUGUCCCACCACGUUCGGUCAAACCGGUUUUCUCCUCUCCAAAGUGAUACCGAGGUGUACCGAUCCGAAUAAAAACAUUCGAAAGGUGGCUGUCGAAUGUCUCAGCCUAAUUCUAUGCAUUGCAGCGCGUUACGAAGGUCACAUGCGAGACCACGACAAAAUCCUCUCCAAUUCCCUACAACACAUCCAACAACAGAUCGAUUCCGACGAACCUAAACUAUUGUAUAAUCUCACAUCCGAUCUAGCACACAUCAUAAGUAUUAAUUUACCGCCGUUUCAGCUUAUGCACUGCAUAGAAGGCUUGAUUGAAGCGUUGUUAGAUUGCGAAUCGUCUAGCUCUAACGGCAGCAGCGUCGUACUGAACCUGUUGCUCAAAAAUAAAGGCGGAGAGUUAGUUAGUCACGUAGCUCACAUUACUGAGGAGUUGUUGAAGAAGUUGUAUAAAAUUCAGUGCCCGAGAACUAAGUCUACCACGUACAGGGCUAUUUUGAAUUUAGCCAUGCACCAUUCGAAAAUCGUUUGUGGGAUAUUGCUGUCGCAAUCUUUGCCGUUUGAUAAUGUAAUAUCGGAAUGUUGGGGCAUCCUUUCCACAGAUCUCACGCUAGUGGCCGAUCUGAUAGACCAAUUAAAGAAGAUCAUAAAAUCGACCCCUUUGUACGACGACGAACAAAACGGAGACGUAAAAAUAGCGAAUCAGACGCCCUUGCAGGCGAUUUGCGCCCUAAACGAGCUCCUGAAAAACGCGCAAUUGAAGGAGAUUUGUCUGAACCAAUUCCCCGAGUUGUUUUCGAUCCUAUUGACCACCGUCUGUUCGUACAUGGGCACAGUGGCGCCCGUCAUCAGGAAAUCGGAUUCCAAAGAAAAGUACAAUUUCAGUUUCAACAGAGACGCUUACAAAUUGAUACCAGCCAAAGUGGCCGUGGAGACGUUUAGGCUGUUUUUAACGUGCUGCGAGUUCGAGAAGAUGGCGGCUACUUUGUUGUUUAUCAGUAGUGGUGAUUCUUUUGAAAAUAUGAAUCUUUUCCUAGAGGUUGUCCAAUGUUUGGUUGAAAACGUUUGUAUGGAACAUCCUCAAGCGCUAUCCUGGUUAGUGGCUAGUUUAGGUCCCUACAUAAGGGCGGAUUUCGAUUCUCAGAGAGUUGCUACAGUGGCAUUUUUCUCGUAUUUGUUGCAACAGAGCCACACGGAGCAAAAUGUGCUCACGGAAAAUCUGCUGGAGAUGAUUCUGGACGUGCAAGGAGAUACCAGUACUCUGGUUAGGCAAUUGGCGUUACAGGGCUUGGGAUACGCUGCGGAGAAUCUCAGCUACGAAUUGGUUUCUAGGCACUGUAAUCCCAUUCUUAGCGUUUUGAUGAAUAGUCUCGACUAUAAUAAUAUAGGCAAUGAAAGUGAUGUUAUAUUAGAAGGGAUGUUGAGUUUCUCGAAGUUGUUACUGGCUAUGGAAGGCGUUAAAUUUAGCUCAUUCCAAGUGACCGCAGCUGUGAGAAUAAAACCUUUAUUGGAUAGGGAGGACGAUAAUUUAAGAAAGGCCGCCUUUAAAUUGCUGGGCGAUUUAACGCAGUCUUUGAAUACCGAGGGAAACUUGGAGGCUUUUAAAGAACAAAUUCACGGAAAUAUUAUCACGUUAUUGCUGCACUUGAGCGAUCCUGAUAUAGGCGUUGUGAAGGCUUGUAAAUACACCUUGAGGAAAAUAGGCCCGUACUUGGAAAGUCCUCAGGUUAAUUCCAUGAUACAGGAGCAUUUAAUUGAUGAAGGAAAUUUACAUUUUACAGAUUUUAUCAAAGAUUUUAUUAAACUUAUGGCCGAGGACCUUCAAGAUCUAUUUCCUUUACUGAUAAUGACUUGUUUGUCUUAUUUUAAGAGUCAAUGGAUCGAUAUAAAGAGCAAUGCCGCGCUUAUAUCGGGUAUAUUAUAUUCUCAAUUGACAACAGAAAACAAAUCCAGAGUUUCUCUGGAUACAGUCUGUGAUAGAUUGUUGAGGUUAAUGAACGACGAAAAUGAGAACGUUAGAGUUAAGGCUGUCGAAGCAGUUUCGUAUCUGUUUAUGGAAUAA